GCUGCGUGAGGCCGGGGGUGCUGGGGGGGGGGGGGAGGCUGCGGCGGUGCCCCUCGGGGACCCCCCAUGGCCUCCAAGGUGCUGCGGGCCGUGGUGCUGGGCCCCCCCGGCUCGGGCAAGGGGACGGUGUGCGAGAGGAUCGCCCGCAGCUUCGGGCUGCAGCACCUCUCCAGCGGGCAGUUCCUGAGGGAGAGCCUCCGCCGCGGCGGCGAAGUUGGCGUCUUGGCGAAGCAGUACCUUGAGCGAGGCCUUCUGGUGCCGGACCACGUCAUCACGCGCGUGAUGAUGACGGAGCUGGAGAAGCGGCGAGCGGAGCACUGGCUGCUCGACGGAUUCCCGCGGACGCUGGGGCAAGCCGAGGCGCUGGACAGGAUCUGCGAGCUGGACCUGGUGAUCAGCCUGAACAUCCCCUUCGAGACGCUGAAGGACCGCCUGAGCGCCCGCUGGAUCCACCCGGCGAGCGGCAGGGUCUACAACAUGGAGUUCAACCCGCCCCACGUUCACGGCAUCGACGACCUGACGGGCGAGCCGCUGGUCCAGCGCGAGGACGACAAACCCGAGGCCAUCGCUGCCCGGCUGAGGAAGUACAAGGAUGCUGCCAAGCCGGUCAUAGAGCUGUACAAGAGCAGGGGUAUCCUGCACUCAUUUUCGGGGACAGAGACCAACAAGAUCUGGCCGUACGUGUACGCUCUGCUUUCCAACAAGAUCCCCCCUGUGCACUCGGAAGAGGAAAACUAACCAGUUUGGGUGGAGGACCAGGAACUGAUGGGAUAAUGUGUUUGGUUUCUCUGCAUGGUGCUGGAGCUCAAAUUAGGUGACCACGCAGUACCUACGGCUCCUUCCCCAGGCGUGCUGGAUAACAGCUGUGGAAACCCAGUUACAGCCAGUAUCAGGGUGAAAAGGUCUCUGCUUAUAAGGUCCAGUCUGCUAGAACAAGUGUUUUUUCUUCUGAGGCUAGAAAGUAUUCCUGCCGGUGAUCCAACUGCACAGAUCAGUGAUGCAAACCUAGGUAAUGAUUAUUUCAGGUUUACACAACUUGCCAUGAUUUCCCCGCCGCCCCCCGCCUCUCUCUAGGCCUAUAACGUGUCAUUCCAUUGCUCCACAGAACUGUUUACUGCAGAUCACUCUGUUGUAGUUUUUUAAAAUUAUUUUCUAUUAAAUUUAUUUCUUAGAGAAAUAAAGCUCUAGAACGCGAGACUUAGCCCCGUGGGAAUUGGUGAGGAACACAGAAAUCGUUCACGUUACAGAGCUCAGAAAUGUGAAGAUCACAUUGCCAGUAAUAGAAACAGAAGAGGGAAAACACAGGAGGUAAACUACCUACUUGUGCUUUUCCUAUAAAGAGAGAUGAU